UCGACAGGUCCAUCAAUUUGUCAGUUCGCCGCCUCAAGUUCAGUCUAGCAGCGACGGCGACCCAGGAUGCGUGCACGCCAGCCAAACGCCCAGGAACGGGAGCAGCUGCGUCGUCAGCGUUCCGAGACGCGCCUGAUCUUGGCGCGCUGCCGGGCAAGAGGCUUUGAAUAUGUGGUCAAUCCGCCUGUGGUGCCCAAGGUGGCCUUUGGCACGACCAUGGAUCGCGAGGUGAUGCCUGUCAAUGGACCCUUCCUGAACAGCUUCAUGAGAUCCAAUCUGCCGGAGGUACGCGAACAACCCAGUCCGCUUGAUUACGACUGCUCCAAGCCUAUUGGCUUCAAGUAUCCCUCCAAUGCUGGCUUCUCUGCUCUGGCCAACAAGAUGCCCCGCCUGCCCAUCGUCCGGGAGAAGAUUGUUCCGCCCAUGGGCGCCUAUGAGCCAACACCUUGGAUACUCCGCGCUGGCUACACCUUUGAUAAGCAGGUGGUGCCGGAGCCCAAAUGGGCAACGCCCGGUGCCUCCACCUACUCGAUCCACAACAAAUAUCCAUAUUGGAAAAUGGAAACCGCUUUUGGCACCCGUCGCAUUAUCUGGCCCGCGGUGGCUGUCUUCUGCGGCCCCACCAAUGUGGCCCAGUGUCUGGUCUGUCAUGAGCGUCCCAAGGGCGAUUAUUUCCACUCCUUUGCCACCGACAAGGAUAUGUGCCGCAAGUGCAUGCACGAGGAGAUGGGCAACAUUAAGCAAUGCAGCCUGAGUGUCGUGGAGCGCUAUCGCAAACGCCAGCAUAUCAAACAGUUUGUGCCCGCCCGCUAUUGUGGUUUCUUUCACGAUCACAACGGCACCACCGCCGCCACCGAGUCCACCUCACGCAAGGAGCUGCGCGCCAAGAUCCGUGUCGAGAAUUAUUUGUAUCGCUUUGCUAGCAAAGUAGAAUGAGGCACUACGAAUUUCAGCAGGUUUCUCCAGUUUCAAUAGGAAAUAUAUUGCAGAAAAGAAGCAAAAACUAAACCAAAAAUAUGUUUCAAAAAUUUCUAAUAAUUAUAUAGUAUAUUUAUCCCAGAUAAAUUGUAAAUGUUUUAAAAAAAAUGCAGAAAAAUUAUAAUGUCAAGUUAUAUAAAAAUGCAAGUGUUAAGAAAUUAAGAAAUAAAAUAAUGUUACAUUUUAGCCAG